GAGAGAGAGAGAGACAGACAGAGAGAGAGACAGACAGAGACAGAGAGCUGCUCAGGGUGUAUCAGUGUGUAUCACCGUGGGCUUGGGGCUGAAUACGAGACGUGGAUUUUAAAGGUGGUGUGGCUGGAUUGGUUAACUUUUACAGGCUGACUGGACGGUUGUUCUGCAGAAGAAUGUGCUACAGGAUCAACAUGAGAGGGACAAUAUUUGGACUAAAGAGGGAUUCUUUGCUGCGGUCAUCUUCCUCACCAUCUUCAUCAUCAGCAUCACCUGUUUGAUGGUCCUCUACCGUCGAAAGGAGAAGGUUGAAUAUUCUGACAGGCAGACCAAAGAGCAGUCCGUGUUCCCCAGCCGCGACCUUCACCUGACCCCUGUCACCGUCCCACCCCCGGUCCCGCUGCACGCCGUCGGAGCCCAGACCCAGCCCCAGGUCCCCUUCUCUAGCAGCAUGGUCCAAGCAGAGCCAGCACCGCCUUCUACACCCACAUCCAUACCUCCACCCAGAGCCUGCCGUCCUCCACCCACCACCCCUGUCCCCAUCCCUGUCUCCAGCUCCAGCUGUGGUCCUCCGCAGCUCCCCCCUGCCCACCAGAAACCCUGCCUGUCAGCCAGCCCCUCUCCCUUCAGGAUGAAGCCUGCCGCGUGUCUCCAGGAGAGGAGAGGCUCCAACGUCUCCCUGGUGCUGGACAUGUCCUCCCUGGCCUCGGUGGAGCCCCUGAACUGUGGGGUGGUGACCCCCAGAGAGAGGGCCACUCAGGACUACCUGCAGUCAGCCAGCCGGACCCUGUCCAGACAGCAGCUACGAGACGUGGUGCUCAACACACAGACGCUGCACGCAGAGUUCGCUGAAAUCCCAAUGAAUUUUGUGGAUCCAAAGGUGAUGGACAUUUCCAGUCAUGGAACCAAAAACAGAUACAAGACAAUACUGCCAAAUCCACAUUCCAGAGUGAUCCUGAGGACCAAGAGCUCCUUCGACCCUCUCAGCAGCUACAUCAACGCCAACUACAUUAGGGGUUACCUAGGCGAUGAGAAGGCCUACAUCGCCACGCAGGGUCCCAUGAUCAACACAGUGAAUGAUUUCUGGCAGAUGGCCUGGCAGGAAGACUGUCCUGUCAUCAUCAUGAUCACCAAGCUCAGGGAAAAGAACGAGAAAUGUGUUCUGUACUGGCCAGAGAGGCGUGGUAUCUAUGGCAAGGUGGAGGUGCUCAUUAACAACGUGACAGAGUGUGACAACUACACCUGUCGGACCCUCAACCUGAAGCAAGGGGCCCAGAGUCGUGUGGUGAAGCACUACUGGUACACAUCGUGGCCGGACCAUAAGACCCCAGACAGCGCCCAGCCCCUGCUCCAGCUGAUGAGAGACGUGGAGGAGGACAGGACGGGCUCCCCAUCGCAGGGACCCGUCAUCGUACACUGCAGCGCAGGGAUUGGCCGAACGGGCUGCUUCAUCGCCACGACGAUAGGCUGUCGUCAGUUGGAGCUGGAGGGAGUGGUAGAUGUGCUGGGGAUUGUGUGUCAGCUCAGAGCGGACAGGUGAGUUACCUACACCUGGAGUAUUAGACCGUAUGUGGAAUAGGUCCAAUGUAGUAGAAUAUGUUUACAGCAGACAGGUGAGUUACCU